AUGGUGGUCCCUAGAACGUUGAGACUCUUGCGAGGCGCACGCAAUACUUCGCCUCCAUUACAGGUGCGAUGCGACUUCGACAAGGUCGGACGGGCCAAGUCAACGGCUUCUGUGGGCUCGAUCGGGGAUGAAAGCAAAACACUGAACGCGCCGUCUCAGCAUGCACAGGAGCUUCCACCACACUCAUUGCUUCCCAACAAGAUGCUACUUAGAUCGCUUUUGGUAGCCACGAUCUCCUCCCGUCCAUGGCUACUUACGCCAGCCUUGAAGAUGCUCCAAUCAUUAGUGCAUCCAAGACUAUCGUUCGUUGACGUCGACAAGAAUCCCCUCCUACGAAGCAUUCUCAAACGGACCUUUUACAACCAUUUUUGUGCGGGAGAGAAUAGGGACGAAGUUCAAUCCACGAUCAGCAAUAUUAAGGAUAUGGGAUUCAAGGGCGUGAUCCUGACUUACGCUCGAGAGAUAGUCGUCGAUGCGACCGGCCCGGCGUCUAAGUCGGGAGCUUCUGUUAGCGAUCAAAGCUUCAAGGAGGAAUCAGCAAAGGACCAAGGUAUUGAAGACUGGAAGGAAGGUGUCCUUGAGACAGUCAAUAUGAUUGGUGAAGGGGAUAUACUGGCGCUGAAACUUACUGGGGCCGGCGAAAGCGCGAUGAAGGCACUUGCCGCCAACACACCUCUGCCAGACCAACUCAUGGACGCAUUACAGCAGAUUUGCACACGCGCCGUGGACCGAAACGCCCGCAUUUUCAUUGACGCCGAGCAACAAUCAGUCCAAACUGGAAUCGAUACAGUCGCCUUGGAUUUGAUGAGGAAAUACAAUACCAACGGGACAGCUGUGGUUUUCAAUACUUACCAAGCUUAUCUCAAGUCGACCCCUAACACUGUGAAAGCCCAUCUGGAUAUCGCCGAGAAGGAGAAAUUUACCUUGGGUAUAAAAUUGGUUCGCGGUGCCUAUAUCAACUCCGAGCCCCGGGAUCUCAUCAACGAUACCAAGCCUGAAACGGACAACUCCUAUAACUUCAUUGCCGCCAGCAUUAUCCGACAGCGCUAUGGGACAAUUGGUGGCAAUUCUCCUUUCCCUUCCACAGAGUUGUUUCUAGCUACACAUAAUAGAGAGAGCGCUCUGAUGGCCGAUCGAUUAGUCAAAGAACAGCUUGCGGGAGGGCUUCAGCCACCCAAGAUACAGUAUGGACAGCUGUUGGGAAUGGCAGACGGAGUGAGUUGCAAGCUCCUUCAGAUUGGCAACGAAAGCACCGAUAAAAGUCGUUCUGUAGCUCCAGAGGUCUUCAAGUGCCUCAGCUGGGGUAGCCUUGGCGACUGCUUAUCGUAUCUAUUGCGCCGCGCGGUCGAGAAUAGGGACGCCGUCGGCCGCACCAAGGAAGAAUAUCUGGGACUUCGACGAGAGACGUUUCGUCGUUUGAGACGCGGAUUUAUGUAG